AUGGAUGAACGUUGCAAGUCGUUUAACUUUAACGACUGCAGUAAACUGUGCGAGUUGAACCUUGCCACAAGACGAGAGCACCCCGACAACUUCAAUACAACUCAAGGGAGUGUGUACUUUGAUGCAGAUGAGGAUGGCUACAGAAGUUGCAAGAUGCUCUUACAUGCCCGAUAUCACUCAAGCGGUAUCUACACAAUCUACCCAGAGGGAUUUGGUAAUGGCGGUCUUCGUGUCUACUGUGACAUGGAAACUGACGGCGGGGGAUGGAUCGUGUUUCAGAGGCGACAAGAUGCCAGUGUGGACUUCUACCGUAACUGGGCCGAGUAUCAGUCUGGCUUUGGUGAUCUGUCCGGUGAGUUCUGGUUGGGCAACGACAACUUGGUGACUGUAACGUCUGAUGAUUCACGCGGACCAUGGGAGCUACGCGUUGAUUUAGAGGACUGGGUGGGCUACACGGCAUGGGCAAAGUACUCAGAUUUCCAAAUAUCCCCGGGUGAGUACAAUCUGAAUAUUGGCCAAUACGAUGCCAGCAGCACUGCCGGUGACUCUCUUGGUUAUCAGACAGAUCCAAAGUGGAUUCACAGAGGACGUCCCUUUACAACAAAGGAUCGUGACAAUGAUGCAGCAAGGCAUAAUUGUGCUCAACAGUUAGUCCUUCGGUCACAACGAGGAAUUCAAGUAAUAGAAACAAUUGCGAAACGGAUCAUUAAUGGUUUGGAACUGUUUCACAUAAUAUCCAUCAUAAUAUGUCAGGGAGCUACCUUGUCUGUCUCUGGAUUUGAAACUUCUUACACAGAGAAACACACGUUUUACGCCGCUGAAAAUCGCGCCCUAAAAGAGUUUGGGUAUAUGACCAAACUUGUGCGAUCUCGUGUCAUCUGCGGACGGGAAUGUAGUAUGGAUGAACGUUGCAAGUCUUUUAACUUUAACGACUGCAAUAAAAUGUGCGAGUUGAACCUUGCCACAAGACGAGAGCAUCCCGAAGACUUCAAUGCAACUCAAGGGAGUGUGUACUUUGAUGCAGAUGAGGACACACCUCUCUACUCACUGACUGAUAGCUCCUUCAAUCGCUACAGAAGUUGCAAGAUGCUCUUAGAUGCCGGUUAUCGUUCAAGCGGUAUCUACACAAUCUACCCAGAGGGAUUCGGUAAUUGCGGUCUUCGUGUCUACUGUGACAUGGAAACUGACGGCGGAGGAUGGAUCGUGUUUCAGAGGCGACAAGAUGGCAGCGUGGACUUUUACCGUAACUGGGCCGAGUACCAGUCUGGCUUUGGUGAUCUGUCCGGUGAGUUCUGGUUGGGCAAUGACAACUUGGUGACUCUGACGUCUGAUGAUUCACGUGGAACAUGGGAGCUACGAGUUGAUUUAGAGGACUGGGAGAACAACACGGCAUGGGCAAAGUACGCAGAUUUCCAAAUAUCCCCGGGUGAGUACAAUCUGAAUAUUGGCCAAUACGAUGCCAGCAGCACUGCCGGGGACUCUCUUGGUUAUCAGAUACCCGCUCGCGCUCAUCAGGAUCACAGAGGACAGCCCUUCACAACAAAGGAUCGUGACAAUGAUGCAGCAAAUCAUAAUAAUUGUGCACAAAUGCAUACAGGAGCCUGGUGGUUCAAAGGGUGUUUUUUCUCUCACUUGAAUGGUCAAUAUUACCCAGAUGAGAAUACAGGUAGUAACAAGGGCGUGCAAUGGUUUGCAUGGCAUUUGCACUAUUCUCUGAAAGCAUGUAGCAUGAAAAUGCGUGAAAUUGGACCAUGAACAUUAUAUAGCUUAUUCAUAAUUGUAUAAUAUUGCAUGCCUUUUUUCGGAGGACACAAGAAUAUAUUGCACGAACUAUAACAAUAUUGCCACGAGUUUAAUAUUAUUAAAGCAAGAAAGGUUUUUACACAUUUUAUCCAACCGAAAUGUUAAGUUUCUGCCGAAUUCAACCGAAACAGCUCGGAAUUUGGACUGAGCUUGUAUCCACAAAGAAUGUACAUGUUUGAUUAUAUAGUUACAUUCACAAUAGGCCUAACUACACCAAAGCAAGUUCAU